AUGAUAUUUAUUGGGAAUACAAGUUUCCUCGAUAUGUUACCGAUUCCUAAAUUAAAGUAAAAAUAUAUAUAUUUUAGGAAUUAGUUGAAUCUGGAAAUAGUAGAUUGCAAGCUGUAUGUGAUGUCACAUGCGAUUUAGAAGGUUCCAUCUAAUUCUUAAAGAAGUUUACUAACCCUGAUCACCCUGUUUAUUAUUAUAAUCCGAUAUCUCAAUAGAUUCAUGAUGAAUUUGAUUUUAACUCUCAAAAUGACAUAAUGUAUAUGUCUAUAGAUUUCUUGCCGUCCCAAAUGCCAUAUGAAGCCAGUAUGGAUUUUGGAAAGGCUUUAAGAGAUAUUGUUCCUCAUUUAGCCUAUUCAGACCCUACCAAACCAUUAGAAGAAAGCGGAUUACCUGAGUUUUUGUAAAAUGCAACUGUUACACUACAUGGUUAACUAACCUAAAAAUUUUAAUACAUUAAUGAAUUAAGAAAAAUAAAUGAAACAGAAAAUGACCAUCAAUAGUUCAAAAUGAUUACAUCAUAUUACUCAAAUAAAUUGAAUGCAACCAAAGAAAAUAAUGCUAUUGGCAAUAAUUUACUGCCUUAACAAUUACUGUAAUUAAUAAGUUCAUCAUUUUAGGUCUCCAAACUCCCAUUCAUAGGAGUAAACAUGCUAAUAAGAAAAUUCACCUAAAAAUUUAAAUAUGCCUUCAAAUAUCAGAGAAAUUUAAAUAGAUGAGGCUAGAAAAAUCAAUAAUCAACAAACUUUCGAUUCACAAAUCUAAAUUUAAUGA